AUGGCCCAAGAACUCAUCAAUGGCAAGUACAAAUCUUUUCACGCGUUCUACGGUCGACUCGCUGACAACUCCGGGACGCAACGACGCAUUGCGGAAUCCUCCGAACCCCCCACCGCAGUCGUGCCACUGCCGCCAGCGCUCAACAGUCGUCCCGGUCCUGCGUGUGGUAGCGGGGAACGGGGCUUCCAAAAUGUUAGUCACGGCAAGUACACUUCCGUUUCUUCCGCAUGCACUACUGAUCCGCACUACGCUUCCAGAUCACAGAGUACCACCGUAAAAAAUUAUCUGACUGUGUACUACCAGAACGUGCGGGGCCUACGAACCAAAACAAACGAGCUGAGACUGUUGCUUUCCAGUUGUGACUACGAUGUCCUAGUCUUCACUGAAACCUGGCUCCGACCUGACAUCAUUGAUUCGGAGUUGUCAUCCGACUACUCCUUAUUUAGAUGUGACCGCAGUGAGCGUACCAGUGAACUAUCGCGGGGUGGUGGUGUGCUUAUUGCAAUCAAAAAUAACAUCACAAGCACUUUGAUCUCACUGCCGAACAGUAGCCAUCUUGAGCAGGUUGCUGUUAGGGUCCACCUUCCAAGUCGCUCACUUUACAUCUGCUGUAUAUACUUACGGCCAAAUUCCAAUGCUGAUGUGUAUGCUGCUCACUCUGCAGCAAUCGGAGCAAUGUCUGAUCAGGUCGACACUACUGACGUUAUAAUGGUGCUAGGGGACUACAACCUCCCACAUCUAAGAUGGCAAUGUGACGCGGAUCUGAACGGUUAUUUGCCCAGUAAUGCAUCGUCUGAACAAGAGAUAGUACUUACUGAAACACUACUCGCCUGUGGUUUAGUUCAAUUGAACAAUCUCACAAAUGUGAAUGGGCGCUGGCUGGACUUGCUCUUCAGUAACAUGCCGGAUGAAGUCGAAGUAGACGAGCCCCCACACCCGCUGCUACCAGUUGAUUGUCAUCAUAGACCAUUCGUUGUAUUGCUCGAUGCUCGUUGCGAUGUGUUAAAGGCUGCGGAUCGACCAGCCGAAGUGGAGUUAAAUUUCAGGCGGUGCGAUUUUGAUGUGCUGAAUAAUGCUCUUGCCUCUAUCGACUGGCAACAGCAUCUGGUUAACGAAUCCGUCGAUUUGGAUAUGUCUACUUUCUAUGAUAAACUGUUUGAGGUUUUGGUGGACUCCCGAACUUCGCCACUCAAGGAACAUGCUUCGGAAAAUGAGAAAAGCGUCUUCAAGUCGAAAACCCAAGAAAACCGUAGGGUGCUUCGGAAUAUGGAAGCUACGUAUAAGAAUCUUCUUGCUGAUACUCACAGGGCGUAUUUGCAAAAUGUACAACAAAACCUAAGGCAAAAUCCGGCCUCUUUCUGGAAAUAUGUAAAGUCACUUAAGGCUGGCCCUAGAAUACCGUCCAGUUUACAACAUGCGAGUAAAACCUCAAGUACGGCUGAUGAAGCUGUUGAAUUAUUUUCCGACUUCUUCCAAAGUGUCUAUAGUACAUCGUCCCCUGCGAUACGUCCCGAAUGCUUCCAGAGCGUAAAUUCGUAUGACAUAAGUCUACCAGAAAUAAGGUUUUCGAUUGGAGAGGUUCGAAAAGCACUGGAAAUGUCGACACCACAAAAGGCGCUGGAGCGGACGGGCUUCCGCCUCUACUUCUCAAAAAUUGCGCAGCAUCACUGGCUCAUCCUGUUUCAUGCCUCUUAA